AUGCUUCCAUUAUACCUGUUAACUAACGCCAAAGGGCAGCAGCUAGUUAUAGAGCUAAAAAAUGGCGAAACUAUUGUGGGCCAAUUAACCAAUGUCGACAACUGGAUGAACUUGACGCUAACGGACGUCACACAUACAUCAGCAAGCGACACUGUCAAGCUAUCGGAAAUCUAUGUUAGAGGGAACUUCAUCAAGUACAUCAAGCUUCAGGAUGAUGUGAUUGAAAAAGUCAAGCAGUCUAAUGCGCAGCAGCAAUCCCAAGGUCAUCACCAGGGCAGAGAUUUCAGACGUAGACAAGGCGGAGGAAGAAGAGACGGCGACAAGAGAUUCCAUUCUGGUAACCCUCGGAGAGGUGACGGCAGAGACUCAUACCAUAAUAAUGGUGGAAACCGUCGUUUUAACAACAACUACAACAGAGCAGAGGGCGGAAAUUCGGGAAACAACGCAAUGGGCGGGUUUGUUAGACACCACCAGACUUCAGCGCAGCCCGGCACAUUUUUAGGAGGGCAGGGUCAGCAGAACGCGUAG